AAGACUGUUAACUAACAAACAUCUACCAUGAUCACAAGUUCUCCAUUUGGGACCUAUGAUGGGAAAGAAGUCAUACAAUAUACCCUAAAGAACAGUCAAGGCACAGAAAUACAAAUCCUAAAUUUUGGAGGAAUCAUCAAAACGAUUUUGGUACCAGAUAAAAAUGGAAAGAUGGAAGACAUUUGUCUUGGUUAUGAUGACAUGAAAGGGUAUGAGACAAAUCCCUUUUACUUGGGUACUCUGUGUGGACGCUUUGCCAACAGGAUUGCAAAUGCCUCUUUUAUUAUUGAUGGGAAAACAUAUGAAUUAGACAAAAAUGAUGGUCAGAAUUCGUUACAUGGAGGAAAAGGUGGUUUCCAUAAAAAAGUAUGGACUCCAGAGAUUGACGGUGACGUCCUGAAAUUGACCUACGUCAGCCCUGACGGGGAGGAUAAAUUCCCUGGGGAACUCAAGGUCACUCUCUGUUACCAGCUGACCGAUGACAAUGAAUUGGUCAUGCAGUACUCAGCAACUACAUCAGCAAAAACUGUCAUCAAUCUGACAAACCACGCCUACUUUAAUUUGGCUGGACAGGGUGCUGAGAACAUCUUUGACCAUGAUGUGACCAUAAAAGCUGAUCAGUAUACACCACAAGAUUCCACUUACAUUCCAACAGGAGCCAUAGAAAGUGUAGAGGGUACACCCUUUGACUUACGCACAGCUAAAAAUAUUGGGCAGAUGAUUCCACGAGUUCCAGGAAAUGUUGGCUAUGCUCAUAACUAUUGCUUUGGGACAACUGGCGAUAAAAAAUUCAUGGCAAGAGUAGAGCAUCCUGCCUCUGGUCGAUAUUUAGAGGUGUACAGCACUGAACCAGGACUUGUGUUUUAUACCUCAUACUAUUUAAAUGAAACAGGAAAGGGCGGGGCCAAGUACCAGAAAUACGGAGCCUUUUGUCUGGAAGCUGCACAUUACCCGGAUAGCCCAAACAAACCAAAUUUUCCUUCAACAUUACUUGAUCCCUCUGAGACUUAUCAACAAACUACUUCAUACAAAUUUGGAGUAAUGUGAUUCAUAUUUUGUCAGCAAUAUUCUACAUGUAUAUCUGUGUAUUACUUCCUGGGUAUUUGUACUUUAUAUAUUUUGUAGAACAAAUUUAGCAAUAAUGAAAAUACUGCCUUUUGUACAGAACUUCAAGCAUUGUGACAAAAAAAUCUCUGUAAUCAGAGAUGUAUAUAUGAUAUACAUUAUAUCAAUUUUUUGUUUGGAAGUUUACACUAUGGUCCAAAGUUAUCAUUGUGACACAAACUCCGCUGCUGGCAGCCAAGUUUUCAAUAUGUGAAUAAGAAUGUGAAAAUAAAAGGGCACAAAAUAAAACAUCAUUUUGCUGCUUUUAUUUUGUCUAAUACAAUAAAUGCUACAACAGACUUCA